AUGGAAAACUCCAUCAAUCUAAAGUCAAAAGAUAAUAAUCUUCCAUUAGAAAAAACACAAUCAUUAAAGUUGGUUGAUGCAGAAAAAAUAAAUAAUGAAAAAACAAAAUUGAUAAACAAACAAAAUGCUGAAAAAUAUAUGAAUAUUGAAAGGGACACUAAAAUAUUAGACACAGAUAAUAUAUUAUCAACUAAAAAAAAGAUUAUUAAUAUUGAUGAGGGGGAUUAUGAGAAGUUAGAAAAACCUACGAUUGAUGCUUUGAAUAAUUUAACUAAUUGUUAUCAAAUUUUUCAUGAAAAUAUUUCUGGAAAUGAUCCUUAUAAUGUGAUUAAACAUUUAAAAAGUACAAUUAAAGAAAUGAACACCCAAAAAAAAGAUGUUAAAGUUGAUCAAUCAUAUAAAAAUUACGCUUCUAUUAAUUAUGAUGAGACAUGGAAUGGUGAAAAUAAACUUUACAAUCAUUUCUCAAAAUUUUCUUGUCUUAAUUUGUCAAAUAACGAUCAGUCAAAGGAACAUAUUCCAAAAGAGGCAAAAAAAAUUGUAGAAAAAAAUAAAGAAAUAAAAAAAAUAAUUCCAUUAGAGGCUGGCAAAAACAACACUACUAAGUUAACAAAAAUAGAAGAUAAACAAUUAACUUCAACUAUAGAUGAAAGUCAUAGUAAGAAUGAACCUAAAAAAACAUCAAAAAAGUUUAGUUUACAAAAAAAGUCAGGAAACAAAAAAAAGGAAAUACCAAAGGAAUUAUUGAUAAAAAAAGAGAAUUCAUCAAGUAAAGUUAAACAAUUGGGAAAUGAAAAAUCGAUUUCAAAGUUUAAUGAGCCACCAAAAGAUUUGAGGAAUGAUUUAUCAUUAAAAAAAGAAAAUAAAUCUAAGAUUAAAAACAGUGAAAAGGAAGGACAAGAUAAGAUGUCAUUAAGUAAUAAAAAAAUAGAAAAAGAAAUAGCUCCUGUUUCCUCUUCUGAAAUUCCUCCAAAUUCUGGUGUUAAUUCUAAACACGAUAAUAAAGAAAAGGCAAAAUCUAUUGAGAAUGAGAGGAUGAUAAAAACAUAUGAUAUUAUGGAAUCUGAUAAUGAUAAAUUAGCAAACAUGUUUUCAAAUAUUGGAUCAUCUGUAAAAUUAACAAAUGAAAUGGUAUCCAAAAUUCUUCAUGUUAUGAUUGAAAAGAAAUAUGUCACAGAAAAAGAAUUUUCAAAGUAUUUUGAGAAAUUAUUAGUUAAUCCAAAUACAAAAAUUAUCAUAUUAAUUUAUUUAUUUUUUAUAAAUAAUAUUUCAUGUAAUGAAAAUAGAAAAUUAUUAUUAGUGUCAUCAAUUUGGAGACAUGGUUUAAGAUCACCAUGUAUAUUAAUAAAAGGAACAAAAUAUAAUGAACGUUUUUGGAAACGUCCAUUAGAAAAUUUAAUAUCUAAUGGGCAAAUAGAUAUGAUGAAACAAGGUAAAAAAUUAAGAAAACGAUAUAUGUAUGAUUUAAAAUUUUUAAGUAUUGAAACAAAUCCUAAUGAGUUAUUUAUAAGAAGUACAAAUUAUACAAGAACAAUUGAAAGUGCAAAUAUUUUAUUAUCAUCAUUUCUAAGAGGGCAAUCAAAAUAUUAUCCAUCAACACCUGAAUGGUUGGCAAAUUAUACACCAAUUGCUGUUUAUAUUGAUUUUUUUGGCUAUCCAUAUAUUUGGAAAUUAUCACUUUGUAAAAAAUUUGAAAUUACCAAAAAAAAAAGAGAACAAUCUAAAAAUGCACUUAAAUAUAAGGAACAAAAUAAAGAAAUGUUAGAUGAUAUUUUAAAUAUUUCUCAAAUUGAUGAUGAAUCAACGAUAUGUUGUAUAUUUGACUACUUUAAUAUUAUAGAAAAAGAAAAGUUAGAAUUUCCCAAACAAAUGACAAAAUCACACUUUUCAAAAUUAACAAACUUUUUUAAUAAUUAUUAUUUACACUCUUAUGGAGAGGCACUUUUAGGUGAUUCUGAAGAUGUUGAAUUGAUUAAAUAUUCAGGUGGUAUUAUUUUAAAAAAUAUAUUUGAAAAUUUUUUUAAUCGAAUGAAUACAAGUGAUGAUUCAAAUUUUGGAACAAAAUUUUUUGGAUACUCAGCUCAUGAUAAUUAUAUUCAUCCCAUCUUAUUAGCAUUAGGUAUCAAACAACAAGUAUUGGGUAAACAUUAUAUUGAUGCUGGUGCAAUGAUUAUAUUUGAAUUAUAUCAAAAUUUAAAUAAUAAUCAUUUUGACAUAUUAAUUUUAUUUUCAAAAAAUUCAACAUCACCUUUAGAAAAAGUGACAAAAUAUGUACCAAAUUGUCAGUUUAAUGAUUAUUGUAAUUAUCAAGAAAUUUAUGAACAAAUAUCAAAAUAUUUACCCAAAGAUAUAUUAAAUGAGUUACAUGUUGCUAAAAUAUAUGAUAGAUUACUUAGUAACAAUUAUAUUAAAAUAGGAUAG